AUGAAUGUGCUCGUUUGGAACGUCCGUGGUCUCACGGAUGAAUCUAAGCGAAUUCUUUCGGAGCAUUGUCUCUCCUUCUCUCCACUCCUUGUGGGUAUCAUUGAACCGAAAUCGAAGUUUCACAAAAUUCCUCAAGGUUAUUGGCGAUCUCUGAACCUCUCGCCUUGUCACCAAAAUUGUAGGACGCCUCGACGUUCGAACAUUUGGUUUUUUGCACAGCCGUCGGUGGUUACCAACACGGUUUUUUCUUCGGAUCAAGUUAUUGUUUCAGAAUGCUGUUGGCAGAACACGCGGUUUAGGGUGGCCAUCGUGCAUGGCGCCAAUGACCAUACUUUACGUCGUAAACUUUGGUAUGAUCUUCUUCACUUUACUGAUGGUAGUACUUUGUUCAUCGGAGACUUUAAUGCUGUCAAAGGGGCGCAUGAGCAUCUCAGCUCGGUCAUGCCCUCUCGUACUUCCUGCUCGGAGUUUUGCAGGUUUAUUGAUGAUACUGGGUUUCUUGAGCCUCCCAGUACGGGUCUUCAAUUUUCCUGGUCGGGCCGGAGGUUUCUUCCGAGUCAUGUGGAAUCUUUGUUAGACAGGGCGCUGGUUUCUCCCUCGUUUGAUCAAUCUUGGAACGCCAUCAACACGCAUGUGCUUCCCAGAAUCACCUCCGACCACUCCCCCAUUAUUCUUCAGUGCAGUCCACAUGUUGCUCGAGGGAGGAGAGCUUUUCGGUUUCUUAAUAUGUGGACGGAUCACCCGGGCUUUAUGGAGGUUGUUGGCAAUUCGUGGGCUGAGCAGAUCAGUACACCCUGCCCGAUUCUCAGAGUUAUGCUUAAGUUAAAACGGCUUAAACGGGUGCUCAAGGAUUGGAACUACUCGGUGUUCGGCAACAUUGAUACACAGCUGGCAACUUAUAAUCAAGACUUAGCUGCUAUUCAAGAUCAGAUUUCGAGAGAGGGUUACAAUGAUGAUAAUUUUUUGGAGGAGAUCUCCAAACAAGCGGCGAUUAAUACUUUACUUACUCGAAAGAAUACUCAUUUACAGCAACAGAGUCGGCUCACUUGGCUUAAAGAUGGAGAUCGUAACACGGCCUUUUUCCACAGGAUGUUGCGUCAUCGGAAAACUGGUUUGCUGAUUAAUCAUCUUAUGAUUGAUGGGGUUGCGGAAUACAAUCAAGUGGCCAUUGAACAACAUAUUGUGGAACAUUUCUCCAACCUCUUUUCUCAGGGUGGUUUGAAUAAUGUUAACAUGUUGGAGCUUGAAGCCAAUAUCGACCCUCAUAUCACUGACGAGCAGAACUUGGAGCUCAUUGCGAUUCCAACGGAUCUCGAGAUUGCGGCCACUGUUUCGGGUAUGGAGGCUUAG